AUGAAAAUGUUAAAGUGCGAAAUUGAUUUUCAGCUCGAGCUAUGAAUAUGUUCAAAACAUCGAAAGUGUUGCUUUCUAAAUUUAUCUUAAAUCUUAUAUAUAUGCCAAUCGAAAUCGUUGUUUCAGCGAAAAAAUGGAAAAUCUGAUAUCUUCUGAUUCUGAGCCGGAAGAAGAAGAACUUCCGGGCGAGAGAGAAAGAGCGAUAGAGGCACGAAAUGCCGCCGCACGAGCGCUGAGACAAAAGAGAGAAGCGGAUCGGCAGGCCGAAGAGGAGAGAAGGUUCCCGAAACAGACCAGUGAGUUGGAAAAUAGAUUAUAUAUUAUUAUAUUCUCGGACUAACUACAGAAAAAUUUUAGGAUUGGAACCAUUGACACUCGGCGAGCAGCUCAAACAAAAAAUUAUGGCGGUGGCGUUGGACGGAAGAAACGAAUUCAUAAAUUUCAUUCCGCGCCUCGAAAAACACUUUGACGGCUACGGAAAAGGCGUUCUGAAUAAGAGAAUGAAGGGGUUUCGAAGUGAGAUGAGGAAAAGAAAAACGAAAUUCAAAUAACUUGCUUUCAGAAUGGGCCCAACUUGUCAGAUUCAUCAAUGAAAAACAUCAGAGCAUAGUCUCGGACGAGACGAAAACGGAAGAUCAAGACUUGCACAAUUUCCUCGUUAAAUACCAGAAAGAGAUUGCAGAAGUGUUGGCUGCGAUGACGAGUAUCCCGAAAGAAGAGGCAGCCACCGCCAUUGCCAUUGGAGACGUGUUUGUCGAGGCCAGAAAUACGGCGCUCCAGAAUUUGGCUGUAAAAAAUAUGUCGUUAGAGUUCACAGAGUUGGCGAGGAAAAAACGAUUGUGAGUAGUCUUGAAUUAAUAAUAGUAAAGCAUAAAUUUAUAGGCAAGAAGAGCUGGAGAAUCAGAUUAUCGUGGCGAACACGAGGAUGGAACUGCGGGAGUUCGGUCAGGAAGUGGAGAACGAGCUGUUGGAGGAGCUGUCGGUUAGAUUGGAAGCUUACAUUUUAGCUCAAUAACGGAAUCCUCUUUUUUCACGGUUUUCCGGAUUCGUAAAGAUUAACGUUUUUAUUGAAAGAAAAAAGAAGGCAUGCACUUCUGCCUUUGUCACACAACAUUUCAACGUGAGCAGCUUGGGAAAUUACACGUUUCGCACGAGCUACCUUACUAUUAGAGACCAGCACAUUGUGGGAGUACGCGCUCUCCGUCGACAUAAACCCUUGAAAGCAUUCCCUUUUAUUGCCCAACCACUGCUUCAGCUUCAUUUUUUUAUGCUUCUUUUUCAGAAUAUUGGAAUCAACGAGGUUAGAGCAGUCCGAGACACGAGCCCUUCAAGAGGCGCUUUGUCGGAAAAGGCAAAAGAGCAGCUGACUGAACUCUUGAAAAACAUGCUUGUCACUAGAGAUGUCCGAACUGGAAAGAAAUUUGCUCCGCCUCAAACGGUGAGAGUGGACGAGCAGCAGGACGAGGAAAGUGACGACGGAGAAGACUUGGCCUCGAUGGCCAUGAAACAACUCGAGACGGCUCCUCUGAAGAAGGUGGUCGAAGAACCGAACGAGCGGCCGACAGUAGCACCCAGGGAGCUGUUCGCAAACCUAGCCAUUUUUCGAGAGCCGGAAACGGAAGAGAUCGAGGAAGAGCCGGCAGGCAGCGGUUCAGAGGACGACAGCGAAGAAGAGGAUUCCGAAUCAGAAAUAGUGCAUGACAACGCCGAAGAAUGGAGAAACUUUUUUGGGAUCGAGAGAAGAGGCAACCGGUACGACGGGCCGGAAGCGCCGGACACCUUGGUCGACUGGUGGGUUCAGAAUCGGUACACGGAGAGCUGGAAGAAGAAUAAGAAAGUGGGGUUUGUGGGUAAGUGAACAGGAAUGGGAUGUUUAGUUUACUUCCGACGUUUUCAGCCUUCACUGACCCUCGCAACACGAUGCGGUUGUACGUCCAACCGAACGGAAACUUCUACAAAUGCGACAAUUCUCCGAUGACAACACACACGACAGUCAGCCUUGAGAAAGGAUGGAAAGAGCUCUUGAAGCAGGGAGAUCCGUUUCCGACGGGCACGAAGGUAACCACUGACACUGCCUACUGUCACUCAAAUCGUUAAAAUAUUUUCAGCACGAUCGGCUAGCAUGUUUUCAACUUGAAAUGACUGAAACGGCACAGAAACUGACAAUAGCCAACUUGCAUUCAUGUAAAGAAAUAUCCGGUGACUUCUGUCGCUUCAUUUCCUUUGUUCAGGUUUCGGCCUUCACGAGCAGAAUCUUCUCGGGCGUUUCUUUUUCCAUCGCGAAGCAAUCGAAAAGCAGAUGGACCGCUUUGACCCCCGCUUUACUUUCAUCUCCGAAAAUCGACUUUUCGACAUUUAUACACAGCGAGAGGUGGGUUCGGGAAGAUUUCCGACGAAAUUUCAUUGGUUUUUCAGCUUUUUGGAAUGUGCUGCGACAUGCGGGAGGGGUUGAGCGAGCCUAUGCGUCCCGGGUAUCUUCGCCCCGUGAAAAAGCUGUAUCCACCCUUCCAAAAAAAGAAAGAGGUCAUUGAUGAACACGAGGAAGACCCUGGCGAAGAGCCGAGAAAAGCGAUCGACGUCCAUCAGUUCGUUAUUUCCGCUUCAUUCGACCCUCUGACUCUCGGAAAUUUACAGUAACCAGGUGAAAAGUGUGCUGGUGCUCACCGAUUGGCGACUCGCUCACUUCAACACCAGCUGCCUCACCAACGCCGUCGUCCAGUUCAUGCCCACCAAUCUCGGCACGGCCUUCUUGUGAGCGCGUCACCGCUUCCCCCUUUUCCCUCAUUUCUCUUUUCAGCCAAACAAUGGAACUCUAUCUGACGAAUAUCCUUCAAGACGCCAACCUCGAAAUCAAGACUAUCAUCUUCGCGUUCGGCGGAUGCGCCAGAUUCCGAAUCGACGAUUUCUCCGAGUAAAUAAUACCUGUUGAUUAUCAAAAAAAAAAGUGAAAAAUAUGUAUUUGCAGAUUCAUGAAAAAGUUGGCAAUUCAAGCAUUACAAAGAGUGACCGUUCUCUGGUUCGCUCAAGAUUGGCUCGACGGAAUCGUGAGUGGAUUUCGAGUUAAAAAUAGUGCAUAUUGAUGGUUUCAGACGUAUAAACCGCAAGAGAGAGCAUAUUUGAUCAAGUUCAAUGAAGCAACCAGACGCUUGUUCCUCGGUUUGAGAUUGUCCGGAAAUCGGUAAUACUGUGUUCUCUUUGCAAUGAAAUAAAUAAGCACUACAUACUUUCAGCAACUACCAUUGGCUCGAUAUCCGAGCAAAGUACGGUAUCGAGUAUUCAGAGUGGUGCGAUCUGGCUGAACAGGAAAAUGGAUAUUAUGAAGGAAAGCUGGAGCAAAUGUGAGAGAUCGGACGGCCGAUACCUCUCUGAAAAGCAUCUUUUCCAGUUACUUCUCCUACCUCGACUGCUUCAUAAAGAAAGGAAACUGUUUCGCAAACAGCUGCUUCUUCAUUGUGGAACGUCGUGAUUACAACAAAUACGCCGAGGACCAGAGUGUUAGACCGCACAAAGAUAGUAAAUUCCGCGUAAAAUAUCAAGAACAGGGAAACAUGGACGACUUCCGCGAUCACCAAAUUCAGAACGUAAGGGCUAACCAAGCAUAUGCGCGUCCUGAAUGA